AUGGAGAUAUCGCCAAAUUGUCCACGAUGUGGUUCUUCCAAUACCAAGUUUUGCUAUUACAACAAUUAUAGCUUGACACAACCGAGGUACUUUUGCAAAGGUUGUAGAAGAUAUUGGACCAAAGGUGGCUCACUUCGAAACGUGCCGGUUGGUGGUGGUCGCCGGAAAAACAGAAGGGGUAAGUCUUUAAGGCUACCGACCGAUGGCGUUAACUUGAAGAGUUUAUCGUGUGAUUCGGUUAGGCAUUCCUAUGCCUCUGCUGAGUCCAACUGCUCCUCGGGCAUGUCUGAUGGCUCUCGUAUCGAUCUCGCACUCGUUUAUGCUAACUUUUUGAAUAAUCAACAACCGGAAAACAAGUCGAGGUUCGAAGUCGCAGAAUUGUGGAGGGAGUUCAAUCUGUCUCUACAGGUUUCAAGAUUAUCGAACUCCGACUUGGAAUCGAGUGUUCAGCAACCAGAAGAAAAUGGUCUCAUGGGAUGCCUCACUCGUUCAGAUUUAUCCAUUGAUAACCAUUUGAACAACAAUGAACAGAUACACUAUCUUGUUAACUACUCAUUGCCCCCAUUGCCUGGUGAUGAUUUACUGUGGUCAAGUUUUCAGUCCUCCAUGAGUCCAUCCUUGCAAGCAACACAAGAACCAGACCUCGAACCCGAAACUCAAGAUCCGAAUAAACUGUUUGGUAAUUGGAAUCCAUUUGAUUUGUAUAGUGAUGAUGCCGUCUCCAGGACUUGA